CUUACUUCGUGUUAGUAGCAUACUGGAACAUAUUUUUGCAAAGAAACCGGUUCAAAGAAACAGACAAACAAAUAUUCCCAGAAUAUCUCUUAUCAAGUUCUAUUUUUAGCUAAAACUAUACACAGUUGGCUAGCGAAAUUGGCAUUUUAAAUAGCAAUUUUUUGUAAUUGGAUAUUAUGGUAGCUAGCUAGAAGGGUUAUUAUAAUGAUAAAUCAGUUCAGCUGCACAUAACUAAGUGUCACAAGAAUUAUUGGUUUAUUUGCUAGCUAACUAGCUACAGUAAUUUCCCCAGUUAUAACUAUGGAGGAGAAAACAAGUGAAAAUGAUGAAGUAUGUAAAGUUGUUGCUGAAGAAAAGUCUAAGAAAAGAGAUAGAGUUAAUUCUGUCAAGGAUAGCUAUAGUCACCAUUCUUCAUUUGAUGAGGAAUCCUCUUCUGAAAGCACUGAUUUGGAUACAGUUCAUGUAGCCAAUAAAAAAAUUGUUGUAAUGGAAAAUAAUAGACAAAUUAAAGAAUUACAAACAUUACUAUGGGACAAAAAUACUUCAAGAGCAGAUUUUAUUUUUCAUGCUGAUCGCCUGAUUCGUUUGGCUACUGAAGAAGGUUUAAAUCAGCUGCCGUUUAAGGAAUGUUCCGUCACAACUCAUACAGGUGCAGAGUAUAAAGGUUGUGAGUUUUAUAAAGGAAUAUGUGGCGUCAGUAUUGUCAGAAGUGGCGAAGCAAUGGAAAAGGGUUUAAGAGAAUGUUGUAGAGGUAUACGCAUUGGUAAGGUUCUAAUGAGUAAAGAUGAAGAAACUAACGAAAGACAGAUAAUUUAUGCCAGAUUUCCUCCUGAUAUUCACAACAGAAAGGUGUUUUUGAUGUACCCUCUUCUGAUGAGUGGUGGUAAUGUCACAGUUGGCGUCGAUGCUCUAGUUGAUUAUGGUGUAGAAACAGAAAAUAUAUUUAUUCUAACUUUAUUUGCAACUCCGAGAGGUAUAAAUACGUUGUUCAAAAAGCAUCCCAAUGUUUUGCUUCUCACAACUGAAAUUAACGACGACGUCCCAUUGCACUUCGGCGAGAAGUAUUACGGUACAGGUUAAUAGCUCGCUGCAUAGGAAUUUAUUUUUAUAAUUAUAUAGUUUAUAUAGAAAUUUUUAAAACAGAAAUCUUUCGCUUGUUUCGAGAAGGUAAAAACCGUCUUUCGUUUAUUACAGUAAGGGCGGGAAUUUUUUUUGUGUGCGAUUUAAAUCAACCGCCAUAAUUUGUUCCACGAAAUUCUGUUGUUGUUAAUAAUGGUGUGAAUUCUUAACUCGACAAAAUUUAUUUCAAUUUAUUUCAAAAUUUAUUACCAAAUAAAAAAAGUUGUUUCGCUAAUUUUGCAGAUUAUAUAGCUGCACUCGCAAAAAUAAACUCUAAAAAAAAUUCUGCCUUAAAUUUGUUGUUGUUGACGAUACUCGUAAAACUUAAACCCAAAUAUAAAAACAGUCAUAGCGUGCUUUUCUAGAUCACUAAGGCGUUGUCAUUUACUUCCUGUAACCUUUCAUUUCAGUAUAAUACAUCAACAAUGUCAAGCUUGCUUUUGCUUGCUUGCUUUCAUAUCUCGUGUCUGUUGCUUCUAUCGUGUUGAAUGUGUUGAAAAAGAAGUGUUAGGGGGCGUGUGUCAGGAAUUACCGACAAAAUCUUUUUUGUUUCCGACACGCGAACAAGUAAAAAAACAAACACUCUUUGGGCCCAGACCCUUGCAUUUUGCUCCUGGAAAAUACUAAAACGAUCGAUAUCUUCAAUAAAUUUUUCUUCGAAUGUGUAUUAUAUAUACAGUCGACGUUUGUGAAUGCAGAUAUAAAAUAAAGCUGACUAAUCAAGCAAAAUUUAUUUUGAUCUUCUCCGCUGAGGGUGCUUUAAUGCAACUUUUAAAAUACACUGUGGUAAGCUGGUUAUAACACCCUCAGCGAAGGAGAACAUAGUUAGCUAAGUUUUAAUGGUAUAUAAUGUGAAUUUACUUUUAUAUUUUUUGAUAUUUUCACCUUCAGAGGUGGCGUGGAGAGAUAGGUAAAUGUUAAAAAUGCAAUGUGCCCAUAUAUGGUAUAUGUAACAUGCCCAUAUAUGGCAUAUGCAACCUAUAUUUAGUAUAGUCACUCGAAACUAUUAUUUUUUAAAUGUAAUUUUAAAAUAUAUAAUUGAUUUAUAA